AACGCUUUAGUCUUCCCCCUUUCCCUUUCUAGCGUCACGUUAUUUGUAAACGGCGUCUUAUAAAAGGUUGUAGCAAUUUGAUCUAAUUGUGCAAAUGUAUUUUCAUAUUUCUGCCAAAAAUUUGAAAGGGCAUAGUCCUAGUACAUCAUGAAUUUUGAUAUUUAAAGCUCUAUUCCAUUUGACGUAUCGAUCGAUAAGUCAGGAAAAAUAUAGGUAUCAUGAAAACUACAAUUGGCGGUCAAGCACAAUUCAUCAGCACUGCUUCAAAAAUUUAAUGUGGUGUAUAGUGAUUGCAUUUGGGAAAUUUUCAAUUUUAGGGGAAACCGUACAUUAUUUUACGGUUAUGAUGAAACCACAAAUUGUACAAGUAAAUCGAUUUAUGUAUAGGCAAAACCUCGGAAACCAGUUUGCUUUGCAACAUUAUCCUUAUAUAUCAACCGAUCUGCAUGCAAAACAAAUUGGAACAAAUUUAUUUGACACUUUUUGAUAUUCGAUCUACACAUUGGUCCUCCUAGCCCAACCCGUCACGCCUCUUUAUCUUGGACACCCAAUUAUAGCUCAGAAAAAUUACACUCCGACCCGACGCGAUCCGGUGCCUUGAUACGGAAACCAUGGCGCUCCAAUAAUUGAAUUCAAUUUUUCAUUUUACGCACCAACGCAAAACAAAUUUUCCUGUCACUCCCAGUCUGUCUUCUUCUGGAUAGCCAGUUAGGCAGUUAGGUCGAGUUCACGUUUAGAGUGCUUGCGGUGAUAUUGCGUAGGUUUCAAGCGCUUAUCUGCAUAGCACACUCUUCAUCAACCCCGAAGCAUUUAUUCAACAUAAAAAGCAAAAAUGUCUUCGCUUGGAUAAGUAUUCGGCAACAAUUCGCUACUAGCGUUAUUUUUUCGCCACAGCCAUCAGCAAGAGGUCAAUUUGUGUUGCUGAGCAGUGUUUAGUAAAAAGAAUAUUUUCCCGCGAAAAUUGAAAAAUACAAUAUCUUUCCUAUCGAAAAAAAAAAAAAAAUGUUUGAAAUGAUACUAAUAAAAAAGCAAAUUGUGAAUACAAAGCCAUGAACCGGCAUUUGAUGCAACUUGCAAUCAUGAUACCGAAUAAUAAAUUUGUCAAAAUUUUUGCCAUCAAUUCCGCUGGCGAAACAAUUCGCACAUUGCACGCCGAUAUAGGAGAGCCUACCCCAAUAACAACUUCACGGUUCGUUAGUUGACACACCUAUCAGCGAAAUGUGGUGUCGGCGCGAAUUGGUGAGCAUCGCAAAAUUGCAUCCGAACGAAUUUGAUAAAUUGAUAGCAAAACAAAAUGUUUAAUAUAAACCGUUCGUAGUCAUUGAACGGUAUCAUUUGAUCGUGAUCACUGGUUGGAAGCAUAUCUUGUGGGAGGUCGCAAUGAAAGUAAUUGGAACGAUCGUUGUUGCCACAUUGAUCAUCUGCUGUGAAUCGAUUGAAGAUCCUGGUUCGCCAAAGCAAAGAUACGAUGCAGCGUACCGAUUCCAAAAUCAGAAUGGCAAUCGUCAGGAAUUUCAUCGACCACAUCGUUAUCGUUACGUUCAGCAACCACCACAUAACUUGAACGAAGAUUAUAUGCAGUAUAAUCAAUACCAGCAGGAAGGACGAGAAUCUAUCAGAACAAUUAACAAUCAUCAAUACCUGAAUCGGAAUAACAACCAUCAAAAUGUGCAAGCAUCCGUGCAUCGGGGCAACCAGGACAGGAAAAUUAUCUAUCAAGCUGUUCCCUACCCGGUUCCUGUGCCCGACCGCCUUCCCCAUCCCACGCGCAAAGACAUAAAUAACCAUGCCGUUGAAAUUCAGCAAUCCAUUCCGAUCUACAUGGCACGACAAAUCUACCAGGUGACCAACGAUGGUGCGUUGAGGUUGAUUUCCGAGGAAGAGCUCCGAAAUCCAGCUCCAGAUGCGAACUUCAACCAACGACUCCUCCCGCUAUUGUUCAUGCAAUAUCCGAUCUUGAUUGUGAAACACGAACAACAUUAGUACCAUAUCUUUAGGGUGCUUUGUCAAAUAAAUGGUUCGUUAUAAGCCGGAAAAUUGAAUUACUCCGGAAACUGUUUACUGGGACGCUUACUUUAUGCAAACAUAAAUAACGGCUCCUUGGGCGCCACUUGAUGCGGUACCUACACGCAUGGGUGUAGCCAGAAGUUCCAUAAUACAAAAUUGUGUUUAAUGGUCUAUAGUUUUAUGUAUAAUGAUCCAGAUAACAUGAAAUUUUGGCGGCGAACUGAAAAUAAAGCAAAUUUCAAUUUGGAAAUAAUAAAAAA